CAUUAGGUAUUGUGCUGAUCCACGCUGAAGAGCUGUCCUGCGGUGCGUCCUGCUUGACCUAAGCAGCGCUCCCAGCAUCCGUGCCUUUCCCUGCAGCCCAGCUGUGAGACAGCAGCGCUCCACGCACCGCCGCGAGCGUCGUCUUUCAACCGGUCUGUGAGAGGAAACCCGCACCACAGAGAAAAUGAGAUGAAACAGUCUGAAAGUGAGUGCUGCAUAUCCCUGCAUCUUUUGGGGGGGAAAUUCGGGAUGUUCUGGGUGUCAUUGCCCUAAAAAACAACUUGGUGCCCUUUAGGAAGCAUACUAGAAAAUGUUCCUGACUCGAAGAAAGAGACUUCACCUUAGCCGGAUUAUAUUUCUUCUGUCUGGGGUUUUCCUUUGCUCUUUAUAUCAACUCACUAUCAGAGCCAGACUACCAGAACCCUGGUCUGAGCCCCAGACAGCAGGAGAACCUGAGGAUGGCUCUGAACUUGGCUCUGGAGGGUCAGAGAUAACAGUGCUUUUGACUAAUUUGACCACUGCUGAGCCAAAGAGCUCCAACCACACAGGUGGGGUCCAGUCGUCAGAACCAGCUACAAAUGUACCCAUCCCAACAAUAUCUAGAACAGAGACACCUACAACAACCACAAACAGGACAAUCAUCCAUUGCAUCUAUGUGGAUCCAGACCUUCCAAAACCCACCCCAGUUCCUACACCAGCAACCGAUACAACCACUGUAGUGCCCAACACUACAGCGUCCAGACCUGGAGAGGCACCACACACGAAGGGCGAGUACCCGGAGGACAUCUUCUCCAUUGAGGAUCGACGCAAUGGCUGGGUCGUUCUUCACAUCUUUGGAAUGGUAUACAUGUUUGCUUCUUUGGCCAUCGUCUGCGAUGAGUUUUUCGUUCCUACGUUGGGGGUUAUAACAGACAAACUGGAGAUCUCAGAUGAUGUGGCCGGGGCAACGUUCAUGGCCGCUGGAGGGUCUGCUCCCGAACUCUUCACUUCCUUGAUUGGAGUCUUCAUUUCUCAUAGCAAUGUGGGCAUUGGAACCAUCGUUGGCUCGGCUGUCUUCAACAUCCUAUUUGUGAUCGGAAUGUGUGCGCUGUUUUCCCGGGAGAUGCUUCACCUCACCUGGUGGCCUCUUUUUCGGGAUGUGUCGUUCUAUAUCAUCGAUCUCAUCAUGCUCAUCAUCUUCUUCUUGGACAAUACCAUUAUGUGGUGGGAGAGUAUGAUGCUGGUGUGCAGUUAUGCUACCUAUGUUGUCUUCAUGAAGUACAAUGUUCAGAUAGAGCAAGCCUUUAAGUCUCAACUCAGGAAACACAAGAACAUAGUCAAAGUUAUCGAGGUCGAAGAGCCUGAGAAGGACAAUGGGACCUCAGGUGACGAGAACAGGCCGCCUGAACCAGAAGACAAGAAUAGAUUAAAGUUGAAGCCCAUACUGCAGCGCGGGGGCAGUUCUGCCUCUCUGCACAACAGCACUAUGAGGAACACCAUCUUUCAGCUGAUGAUUCACACACUGGAUCCUCUUGGAGAGGUGAAAUUUAAAGACAAGGCUCAGAUUUUGAACGACAUGGCCCGGGGGAAAGUAGAGAACAAAAAGAAGGAAAAAUCUGGUGAAGGUGACGAUCAGACGGAACAGUCCAAGGAUUCCAAAGACGCAGCUCCAGGAGCCAAGGAAGAAGACGCUAGUCAAAAGCCUGAGGCACAAAAGGAAGGAGACACUGCAGCAGGAGGAGGUUCAGAGAAGCCAGGAGGUUCAGAUGAUUCAGGGGAUGAUGAAGAUGACAGUGAUGAAGACAGCGAUGAAGACAGUGAUGAUGAUGAUGAAAAUGAGGAUGAGGCUGGGGAGGAAGGAGAAAAUGAUGAACCUCUGUCCUUAGAGUGGCCAGACACCAGACGUAAACAGGCCACAUAUUUGUUUCUGUUGCCCAUUGUCUUUCCACUUUGGCUGACAGUUCCAGACGUCAGAAACCCUGCAUCCAAGAAGUUCUUUGUCAUCACUUUCCUUGGCUCAAUAGUAUGGAUUGCUAUAUUUUCCUAUCUUAUGGUGUGGUGGGCACAUCAGGUGGGUGAGACCAUUGGCAUCUCUGAGGAAAUCAUGGGUCUUACCAUUCUGGCUGCAGGAACAUCCAUUCCUGAUCUCAUCACCAGCGUGAUUGUGGCUCGAAAAGGCUUGGGAGACAUGGCUGUCUCAAGCUCUGUAGGCAGCAACAUAUUUGACAUCACCAUGGGGCUGCCGGUGCCCUGGCUGAUUUUCUCAUUCUGCCAUUCACUGGCGCCGGUGCCCGUGAGCAGUAAUGGGCUGUUCUGUGCCAUUGUGCUGCUCUUCCUCAUGCUCCUCUUCGUCAUUAUCUCCAUUGCUGCCUGUAAGUGGAGGAUGAAUAAAGUGUUGGGAUUCAUCAUGUUCAUGCUCUACUUUGUGUUCCUGGUGCUCAGUGUCAUGCUAGAGGAUCGAAUCAUUAUAUGUCACGUGUCCAUCUGAGCAAACCUGUGGAUACAGUCCUGUCAUUUGAAACGUUCUGAACUGUAACUUCACACAUAUUUAAAGCAUCUCUGGACUCACUGUUGACUUAUUCUGUAUUUCGCAAGAUCUUUUGUAAAGGGAUGCAAUAACUGGCCAUCAUUUCCAAACUAUGUUAACUGUUACAGACACUUGAGUUUUUUUUUGGUCACCACUUUUGGCUUGUUACAUUAAAGUGACUGCAGUAUUGACAGAAGAGUAACGGGCCCUGUCCCAAAUGGUCACCAUUUGUGUUAUCCACACUUUGGUGAUGUAAUGCCAUAUGGAUUGUUGAGUGUAGACUGCUGUGUUGGCCCACCAAUGUGGGCUUUGCAAAAGGGCACAUUGAGACCACAUACAGAGGCACUCUUGAACACCCUUUUGAACCGUAAAAUGACAAAUAAGACACCCUACUGCCCUGUGGACUUGGCAAACACAAUAUGAUUAUGAUUGCAUAAUCAAAGGUCACAUCCAGUGUGCCAUUUGGGACAGGACCACAGAGUAAUAAAUAUGUAAAAUUGUAUUUUUUUUUUUUUCUCAAACUCUCACUUAAUGAUUUGUGGUGCAAUUUAACCAUUUAGGUUUAUUGGGAUGAUACCAAGACACACAUGCAAAACAUAUUUGUCUACGACAUUUAAAAUCGCAAAGAUUAUAACCUUAUGAGAAGUCAGUGUUGCUUUAAUUUUUUCCAAUGAUGAAAAACUGCAUAACAAAGAAAAUGUUUCCAAAUUGUUUUUGAUUCAUUUUAUAUUGUGAUUGUAUUUUUUGAUGUUGUGGGUUUUCAGAUAGCUAUGGGACUACAUUGGGAGAAAUUGUGAGCUUAUUUUAAAUGAUGUAAUUUAAUCAUUCUGCAAUGGAAUUAUUUUUGUAACAUGGAAAAAUGUCAUUAGCAAGCGUUCUAAUUGCAGAUCCUGUGCUGUAUGUAAGAUAUGACCUUUUUCCAUCAUAAAAGUAGAAUCUCAAGCAUAUAACAAUACUUCUUUACAAAGUCUAAUGUAAUCAGUAUGAUUCUGAUAAAAAACAAUUGUGAAUUUCCAUACAAAUAUCACACUGCUGUUUGAAUUCACUACUGAAUAGAGGCAAAGAUUGUUCUUUUUUGAAUGUCGCACAUUGUGUUGAUUUCUCUCGAGAGUUGCUCAUUGUAAAUAUUCAUUUGUUGGUUCAGAGCAAAAUUAAAUGGGGUUUCAAAUGCGACUUUUUUCUCCCUCUAUUUCAUCGAACAAACCAGAGACACCAACACAAACACACUGGAGUCGAUUUAAGUGUUUAUUUACAGUUCUAAACAAUUUUAUAGACCUGGCUCAGAUCUGACAAAAUGAUAUAUACAAAUAUAAAUAGAAGUAACAAAAGGAGUGAUAUGUAAAGCACAUUGUCCUAACAAAAUGAUUUGU